CUGCGCGCGGCUCGCGGAGUGGCCAUGCUGCGGGCGCGCGGGGUCCCAGUGGGCCCCUCGCUCCUUCGGGCCGCGCUGGGCCUGGGGCCGGGGCCGCGGCCGGGGCGGGCGGCGUCGGGGGCGCGCGGGCAGGGCUGGCUGCAGCCUGCGGGCUACGACACGGGCGUCAAGGUGUACAACAGCCUCACCGGGAGGAAAGACCCCUUGAUCGUGAGCGGCGCGGACACCGCCUCCUGGUAUAGCUGUGGACCAACUGUCUACGAUCAUGCACACCUGGGUCAUGCUUGCUCCUAUGUUAGAUUUGAUAUAAUUCGAAGGAUCCUGACCAGGGUUUUUGGGUGCAACGUUAUCAUGGUGAUGGGAAUUACAGACGUGGAUGAUAAAAUAAUCAAAAGAGCCAAUGAGAUGAACGUGUCGCCCGCUUCCCUGGCCAAUCUUUAUGAAGAAGACUUCAAACAAGACAUGGCAGCCUUGAAGGUUCUCCCACCCACCGUGUACCUGAGGGUAACUGAAAACAUUCCUCAGAUAAUUGCUUUUAUCGAGAGAAUCAUUGCUAACGGGCACGCUUACUCCACCCCGAAAGGCAACGUCUACUUCGACCUGCAGUCAAGAGGAGACAGAUACGGCAAGCUGGUCGGCGUGGCCCCUGCCCCCGUGGGAGAGACAGGUCACUCUGACAAGCGGCAUGCCAGCGACUUCGCACUGUGGAAGGCGGCGAAGCCCCGGGAGCCGUCCUGGGCCUCGCCGUGGGGAGCCGGGAGGCCUGGUUGGCAUACCGAGUGUUCCACCAUCGCCAGUUUGGUGUUUGGAAGUCGGCUGGACAUCCACUCGGGUGGCAUAGAUUUAGCAUUUCCUCACCACGAGAACGAAAUCGCACAGUGCGAGGUCUUUCACCAGUGCCAGCAGUGGGGGAAUUAUUUCCUACAUUCUGGGCAUUUGCACGUGAAGGGCAAAGAAGAGAAAAUGUCCAAAUCACUGAAGAACUACAUCACAAUUAAGGACUUCCUCAGCACGGCCUCCCCAGACGUCUUCCGGCUCUUCUGCCUGCGGAGCAGCUACAGGUCAGCCGUGGACUACAGCGACGGCGCCAUGCUCGAGGCCAGGCGUCUGCUCCGUGCCGUGGCCGCCUUCGUGGGGGACGCUCGGGCCUACAUGAGGGGGCAGCUGGCGGGCGGCCCCGUCCAGGAGGACGCGCUGUGGGAGAGGCUGGGCCGCACCAAGGGGGCCGUGCAGGCGGCGUUGGCGGACGACUUCGACACGCCGGGGGCGGUGGACGCCGUCACGGACCUGGCUCACCACGGGAACAGACAGCUGAAGGCGGCCGCCGAGGCGGCCGGUGGUCCCAGGAGCCCCGCCGUGUUCGGUGCCAUCGUGUCCUACGUGGAGCAGUUCUUUGAGACAGUGGGGAUUUCUCUGGCUGAGCGACAGGGACUCAGCACACGUGACGCCAUCCUCUGGGCCGUGACUGUCUGUCCCGGGCCCGGGACGUGCACCGUGACCACGCCACAGAGACCCUCCCUCGCUCCACUGUGGACUCGGGUCCUCCGGCUGGCGGCUGGGGGGCAGAGCGUGGAGCUGGCCGGUGCCGCACACGGCCCCACCCCUUUGGCACGUCCUUGCUUCCUGCACUGAGGUUCCCGGCCCAUCCGGUACCUUGUGUCGCAGGCAGGCGUCGGCCUUUCUCCCAGGAGCCUGGCUGCUCUCGGCGGGGAGGGUCUGGGCACCAGGUGCUCGCUGCGCUUGCCCACAGCUGCUCUGGCCCUAGGCGGGCGGAGCCAGCCCCCGGGAUCCUGGGUCCCCUCUCCGUAUCGACUGUUACCGCCGACACCUCGACUCCCGUUCCCAGCAGUCCCGGGCCACCUCCCUCCCCUCUGGGCUCCCACCUCCCAACAUCACUCACCCGCUGCCCUCCCCAUGUGUACCUGUCUCCCCGCGGCCGCCGCCUCUCCCCUCACCCCCAGCAGGCUGUCCUCUGCACAGAAGCGUCCUUGCCUGACGCCCCAGGCCAGGGUCCCUCCUCCUCCAGGGGGCCCGCCUCGCUCUGCCUCCCCUAACAGCCUUUUAGGAUCAGGAGCGGAAAGGAAAGGGCCAUAGUUGCCACUUUCUAAAACAGUGUGAACAGGCUGUUAACAGGGGAGCCUGGACUGCACACGGGGGCACGCCGACCCGGAUCUCCCUGUGGGCCCUGCCGGGCCACCUGCUGCCGUGGGCACAGCCCACACCGCCGGGCCGGGGGACCUGCCAGCUGAGGCCUGGCGCCGGCUGCCCUGGCCGUGAGCGGGGACGUCUCCUAGGACUGUUUGUUAGGCUGUGAGCUUCUCUGGCCUCAACACAAAGACUCGCGUAUCUUUGUGAUGAUUUCUGUUUGGUUUAUUGAGAGACACUGAUUCCCUAGUGGACUGCGGCCUUCCCUGGGCGGCCCAGGGCCUGUUGGUGGCUCACACUAGGCUGAGGGGGCCAGGUCUCUGCUGGGUCACCACAAGCCCUCCUCCUCCCCGAGCUGGGGCGCCCCCGGAGCCCGCUGGGGGCUCACGUUUCUGUAACGAGCCGUCUUCUACUGUGGGAGCAGUGGCUGCGGAUCACGUGAGGUUGAAGGAGUUGGACCGCCGGCCCCUCCUCCGUGGGGUGGGUGGGGGGGAGGACGCCUGGCAACUUGGAAGGCCUCCGGGCCCACGCCAGCCCUGGAGCUCCCCCGGCCGGCACCCACGCUGCUGGUCCCCGGCCCCGGGGGAGAGCGCCGCGGGGCUGCGCGUGUGCGCGUUUGUGCGCACGCCCACCCGUGCGCAGGACGUCCAGGGCCUUGAACGGCGGCUGGAGCCAGCAGGUUUGGUUUCCUUGGUCGACAAGGCCCAGGCCUGCCGGCUCUGCCCAAUGACCCUCAGGUGCUGGCCGUCUGCAGUGGCAGCCCCCGCUCACCGGCCUGGGCGACUGGGACCUUCGGGCGAGGGGAGGGGAGAUGAGCCGCGCCCCCGGCCCCUCCCCGGCCCGGGGCCCCCGUCCGCUCAGCCGGCGCCCGGCAGUGUGUUUCAGGGGCCGGCAGCCCGGCCGCCUUGCACAGCCUGGUCGAGGAGCUGGUCCGCUUCCGGCAGAAGGUCCGGCAGUUCGCUCUGGCCG